UGCUCCAUUCCUCUCUCUCUCCUCUAAGCUUCUGUUCAAUGACCUAUACACAAUUCCAUAGCAAUACACCUGUUCUUUCUUUUCACUUGUCCCAUUCAAAACUCAUAACCCCAAUUGCUUUUUCAAUAGUUUAACUACCUUCUUCCAUUUAACUAUCUUUCUCAAGGCUCAAUAUACAACAUUGAAUGUUCAUUUGGAAAAUAUAUAGUAAAUUUCUUCUACUUGCCAUAAUCUGUGUUGCUUCCUCUUUCCAUAGCUAUAACAAGGUUAAAGCCAACGCCCUUAUCUUUGUUUCACAGCUAGAAUUCAGAAGGGUUGCUAGAUCAAAGCUUGAGGUCUAGAUAAUUCCAACAUGAAUCCUCAAGGUCGAGUGAAGGAAGAGUUUCUCGGCGAAAGUUCUUCCUUUUAUGGUGGCUAUGAUCCGCCAACGAUAAUGAUUGUUCCCCAACCAGUUGAGGGGCUCCAUGAAACUGGUCCUCCACCAUUCCUCACAAAAACAUACGACAUUGUUGAUGACCCUUCCACUGACCAUAUAAUUUCCUGGAGCAAGGGGAACAAUAGCUUCGUUGUGUGGGAUCCACAGGCCUUUUCCAUAACCCUUCUGCCCAGAUUCUUCAAGCACAACAAUUUCUCCAGUUUUGUCAGGCAACUUAACACCUAUGGGUUUAAAAAGGUUGAUCCAGAUAAGUGGGAGUUUGCGAAUGAGAUGUUUCUUAGAGGGAAAAGGAUUCUUCUGAAGAGCAUUAGAAGGAGGAAAACAAAUCAUCAAUCUCAUGCGGCGCAGCAAGGGGUGGUGGAUCCUUGUGUUGAGGUGGGGCUGUUUGGAUUAGAUGGAGAGGUUGAUAGGUUGAAGCGUGACAGGCAAGUUCUUAUGGUGGAGUUGGUGAAACUCAGGCAACAGCAACAGAAUACUAGAGUUCACAUUCAAGCAAUGGAAGGAAGGCUUAAAAAGACUGAGCAGAAACAGCAACAGAUGAUGAAUUUCUUGGCCAGGGCAAUGCAGAAUCCCAACUUCGUGCAGCAAUUGGUUCAGCAAAAGGAGCUGAGAAAGGAGCUCAAGGAAGCUUUUCCUAAGAAGAGGAGGAGUCUUGAUCAAGGGCCUAGUAAUGUUGUUGUUGAGGUAGGAGAGUUAGAUUGCGUUGAAGAGUACUCAAGUUUUGUUAAACUUGAACCACAAGUGUACACUGAGAAGGUGUUGGAUUUUGAGGUACCUGAUCUUGACCUUGUUUUGAAUCUGGAGGAGCAAAUUGGAAGCCAAAAGAGAAUGGAGGGAGAUUAUAUUCAUGUUGAAGGUUUGGAUAAAGAUAUUGAUGAAGUGUUUUGGCAAGAUUUGCUGAAUGAGGGCAUUGAAGAUCAAGGUGUAAUAGGUGUAGAUGUAUUGGCUCAGCAACUUGGUUAUUUGGCCUCAACUUCUAAAUAGGAGAUUGUAAAAGGCUUGCUGCAUUUCCAUUGCUUCAAUGAAUGCCAACAUCUCCUUCAUUAAUACAUAUACACUUCUCUGACCAGAUUUUGUGUUGCUACUGAGAUGCUAAACUGACUUUUUUUCUUGUUAAAUUUGUAUUGGUCCACAUUUAAAGCACCAGGUUCUCAAGAAAUGGACACUUUUUGAUGACAGUUAAAGAGGUGGUUGUUCUCAAUUGUUGUAUGUCAAAUUUAUUUCAUAAUAUCUCAUGUGAAAAUGAUGGUUUUCUUGCUUUGAGUUGUG